AUGGGUUGAUGCAUUGAAUAAGCUUAUGUUGACCUAAGCUUGUUAGACACCCAUUUAUCCAUUAAAAAAGACACCGUAGCAAAGAUCUCUACAUUCGAUCUGUACAGUGUGGAUAACUGCAUUCGAUACUGCUGGAUCUUACCGUCUUCCCUACAUUGAUUAUUAUUGAAAAAUCAAAAUGCGAAAGGUUUUGGUACCCCUAAAGUUAGUGGCUAUAUUCUUUUGUACUUAUGAAGUUGUCGUCUGUGAAGAAAACGAAACUUUGAAUACAGAAACGUCUUUGCGUCAAGUGGUGUUUAAAAGCUACGACAGAUACAGAAAACCCACGAAGCUUUUUUCAAAACAGUUAUCCGUGAGUAUCAGUUUGUACAUUUUCUCCCUACCAAAGCUGGAUAUUAAGUCUCAAACGUUACAUGCUGCCAACUGGUUGACAUAUUCUUGGACGGACGAGUAUCUUACAUGGAAUUCUAGUUAUUUUUCUGAUAUCGAUUUCUUAAGACUACCUGCUGAUAGAAUAUGGAUACCAAAUGUUUGUAACAUGCAAGAAAUCUCUGGCAGAAGAUGUCUGAGCUAUGACUCGGUGAAAGACUCCAGAAGCGAGGCAAUAGUUCAUAGCUCGGGAUUUGUAUAUCUGACUGAAACGUUUGAUAGCAUAAUUCUUUGUAAAUUCGAUGUCACGAAUUUCCCUUUUGACACUCAAACUUGUAGAUUUUCUUUUUUUUCACCAAACGGAAAAUUUCAAAAUGUAGAUCUAAAGUUAAAAGGAUCUUGUUAUAAAUCAAAUUAUUUCAUUGGUAGCGAAGAAUGGGAUUUGAUUUCUACUAGUAUUCAAGGAACUAACGGUAUGCUCUAUAUGAACAUUGUGUUAAAAAGGAGACCUUUAUUUAUUAUUUUGACGGUACUUUUGCCUAUCAUCGCUCUGUCUAUUAUGAACGCAUUUUGCUUUAUACUGCCUAUGGAGUCUGGAGAAAAAGUUGGAAUGUCUGUAGCUUUAUUUCUUACAUUCGCCGUUUUCGGAAGUAUUAUCAGUGACACAAUGCCCCAAAACGCAGCAAAUAUUUCGUGGUUCAUGGUGUAUGUGACAACUCAGAUUCUUUUAAGUGGACUGACAGUUAUCAUGGAAACGGUUGUUUUACACAUGUAUCAUAUGGGAGUCGAUAUAUCAGGUAUAUCGUACGUCAACAAAGCAGAUGACGUUCACCAUGGCACAACAAAUAAAAUGGACCACACAUCCAAGAGAAACGUCAGUUUCAGUAAUGUAAAAUGGAAGAUUCGUGCAAAGAAACUUGAGAGAUCAAUGCUUAUUUUUAAUGUUUGUGCAAACAUCAUCUCUUUUUGCGUUUGCAUAUCAAAUAUCUUAAGUUAAAAUACAGUGCAUAAACAUAAUUUAUUUGAAAUUGAAAAAAAAAACUAUUUGGACAAGGAUGAGUAAAAUCGUUUCUCAACCAGAUGGCAGACUGGGUGUACAUAUAGAAAACAAAUCGUUUAAACUAUAAAACAUUUCUAUUUUUUUUUAUUUUAUUUUUUUUCGGGGUUUUUUUGUAUGUGUUUAUAUAUAUAUAUGUAUAUUUAUAUUCAGUGUACAUUUCCCUUAUGGUUGCAUUGGAAAUCUGCGACGUUCAAUUUUCUAUGAAUAAACUUUGCUUAUUCAUGCGCAAAAUUCUUUUUGUCAGAAUAAAUGAAACUUUCAAUCUUGCAUAACAAUUUUGAAAUGUACUUUUGAGAAACAAUCAUUAAUAUAUGUAUAUCUAUUCCUUAAUAAAAAAUAUUUUUCUUCACAAAGUUUCUGGCACUAUAAUUUUUUAUCGCGGAAGAUAACUUAAUAACAUGUUAAUAUGGCUGUUCCAUGUAUGUUUCAUAUCCCUGACAGA